GCCAACGUGCGAGGGAACCCCUGCGUGCUGACCAAUGGCAGCGAGCCUUACUGGGCGGGUGGCCAGCUGUCCCCGCGGCCAAUAGGCGAGGGGCUUCUUGUUUCCUGGCAGAGCGGGGUCCCGGCACCGCGGCGCUCGGGUUUUGUUUGGGUCCUGGGAGGAGGGCCCAGGUGCCGGGGCCCGAGGUGGCGCCUCACUAGCGGGAGAGGGAGCGGGAGCACCGGCCCGGAGAGAGGGGUGCCUAGGACAUCCACUACUCACUACUACCCAGCUCUCAGGGCCAGAGCUGGGCAGGAGGAUGCUUUCCCACCCCCACCAUGGAGCUGCGCUGUGGGGGAUUGCUGUUCAGUUCUCGCUUUGAUUCAGGGAACCUAGCCCAUGUGGAGAAGGUGGAGUCUGUGUCUGGUGAUGGGGAAGGAGUAGUGGGUGGGGCAUCAGCCCCCACUGGCACCCUAGCUUCUUCCCCUGACUAUGAAUUCAACGUGUGGACCCGACCAGACUGUGCUGAAACGGAAUUUGAGAAUGGGAACAGGUCAUGGUUUUACUUCAGCGUCCGGGGAGGAACUCCAGGGAAACUCAUCAAGAUCAACAUCAUGAACAUGAACAAGCAGAGUAAACUGUACUCCCAGGGUAUGGCCCCGUUUGUGCGCACGCUGCCCACCCGGCCGCGCUGGGAGCGCAUUCGAGACCGCCCUACUUUUGAGAUGACAGACACGCAAUUUGUGUUAUCCUUCGUUCACCGAUUCCUGGAGGGCCGUGGGGCCACCACCUUCUUCGCCUUCUGCUACCCCUUCUCCUACAGUGACUGCCAGGACUUGCUGAACCAGCUAGACCAGCGCUUUCUGGAGAACCACCCUACCCACAGCAGCCCCCUGGAUACCAUCUAUUACCACCGGGAAAUCCUUUGCUAUUCUCUGGAUGGACUUCGUGUAGAUCUGCUAACAAUCAGUUCCUGCCAUGGACUUCAAGAAGAUCGAGAGCCCCGUCUGGAGCAGCUGUUUCCUGAUAUCGGCACCCCCCGGCCAUUUUGUUUCACAGGCAAGAGGAUAUUCUUCUUAAGCAGUAGGGUACACCCUGGGGAGACACCAUCUAGCUUUGUCUUCAAUGGCUUUCUGGAUUUCAUCCUUCGACCUGAUGACCCCCGGGCCCAAACCCUACGUCGCCUCUUUGUCUUUAAGCUGAUUCCUAUGUUGAACCCUGAUGGUGUGGUCCGGGGUCACUACCGCACAGACUCACGUGGAGUGAAUCUGAACCGUCAGUACCUGAAGCCCGAUGCUGUGCUGCACCCUGCCAUCUACGGGGCUAAAGCUGUGCUUCUCUACCACCACGUGCACUCCCGCCUCAACCCCCAGGCCCCCUCUGAGCACCAGCACAAUUCCCAUCUCCCUCCUGAGGCCCCCCUUUCUGACCUUGAGAAAGCCAACAAUCUCCAAAAUGAAGCUCACCUGGGGCACUCAUCUGCCGGGGAUAACCCGGAGGCCUGGACGCAGACUGAGCUGGCAGAACCAAAACCUGACAGUGUGUGGAUUGUGCCACAACAGUCUGCUGAGGUGGAGCAGCCCACCCCCGACACCAUCCCGCCCAAAGAGAGUGGUGUUGCUUACUACGUGGACCUGCAUGGGCACGCUUCCAAAAGGGGCUGCUUCAUGUACGGCAACAGCUUCAGUGACGAGAGCACCCAGGUGGAAAAUAUGCUGUAUCCCAAGCUCAUCUCCCUGAACUCAGCACACUUCGAUUUCCAUGGCUGCAAUUUCUCAGAAAAGAACAUGUAUGCCCGAGACCGCAGAGACGGCCAGUCUAAGGAGGGGAGCGGCCGGGUUGCAAUCUACAAAGCCUCAGGGAUAAUCCACAGCUAUACACUUGAAUGCAACUACAACACUGGACGCUCAGUCAACAGCAUCCCUGCCGCCUGCCAUGACAAUGGGCGUGCCAGCCCCCCACCCCCGCCAGCUUUCCCCUCCAGAUACACUGUGGAGCUGUUUGAGCAGGUGGGACGAGCCAUGGCCAUUGCAGCCCUGGACAUGGCCGAAUGCAAUCCGUGGCCACGAAUUGUGCUGUCAGAGCACAGCAGCCUCACUAACCUGCGGGCCUGGAUGCUAAAACACGUGCGCAGCAGCCGCGGCCUGAGCAGCACUGUGACUAUGGGUGUCACCAAGAAGAGAGGCUCUCGGACUCCACCCAAAAGUAACAAUGGAUUACCUGUUUCCUGCUCUGAAAAUACCUUGAGCCGCACACGAAGUUUUAGCACUGGCACAAGUGCUGGUGGCAGCAGCAGCAGCCAACAAAAUUCUCCACAGAUGAAGAACUCCCCCAGCUUUCCUUUUCAUGGCAGUCGGCCUAAUGGGCUGCCAAGCCUGGGCUCUGGCACCCAGAAGGUCAGCCACAGGGUGCUGGGCCCCGUCAGAGAGCCCCGAAGCCAGGACAGGAGACGGCGGCAGCAGCCGACCCAUCGCUCUACUUCAGGCAGCCUGGUCCCAGCCCCAACUAAUUCUGGCCCAGCCUCCUCACGAAACAUGGGCUCCUGCCUACUGCCCAACACACUCAGCAUAUCAGGGAGCAGCUGCUCAUUCCUAUCCUCAGGGGACAAGUCAGAGGCUGUCAUGGUGAUUGGGAAAGGUCUGCUAGGGACUGGAGCUCGGAUCCCCUGUAUCAGGACCCGAUUACAGGCUAGGCCCAGGUUGGGCCGGGGCUCACCGCCGACUCGCAGAGGGAUGAGAGGCUCUUCGGGCCCCACAUCCCCUAUUCCUGGGACCAGGGAGAGCAGUGAGCUGGAGCCGGGACCCUGCUCUGCACCAGGGCUGCCUCAGGCCGGGCCCCCACGGCCCCACUCUGCCCCUGCCUUUUCUCCUCUUUCUUGUAGUCUCUCUGACUCCCAGUCCCGGAUUUGUUACAGUGGGGGGCCCUUGGGCCAAACUGAGGUUUGUUUUGUCCCUAAGUCUCCCUCGUUUGCUGCAUCUCCCCGGGUCUGAUGCCUGGACCAUCAUGCCUAGGAUAUAAUCCCAAGAUGGGGAACACAGGGAGAAAUGUGCUAGUCUCCACCCUCAGCUGCUGAUUCCAUGUGACAACGGUACCUCCUUGGAAUGCCAGUGAUAUCAUUCUGCUGCAUUGCAGAACAGCACCUUGAGACAGGACAAAGCAGGGACUUGCCACCCCUUCCCUCCCUCCACAGCACAAGAUUUUGGGACCACAAAAAAAUAUAUCUAUAUUUUUAUAUUGGGUGGGGAGUAGAAAAGAAAGCAGCCCCUAUACUGGGCCCUACUCAGUGGCAGCUUCUUGUUCCAUAGGGUUAAGGAAGACUUUGAGGAAAUAAAAGUUGUUUGGAAAAAUC